GAGGGAGUACCGGAGCAGUAUAUAAAUACAUAAUCUCUCUCCUCCCGAAAGAAAAAUAAGCGCUAUUUUAGCUUGGUGUCUGAUCCCAAACAAUCUAGGGUUUCUCGCAUUUUCAGUUCUAAUCAAAUUACGGCCAACAGGGUUUUUAUGCAGAAUUUUUAUUAGAGCUAAAGGAUAAGAGGUGAUUUGACUUUGGAGGAGGAGUUGUUCUAAUUGUGGAAAAUAAAAUUGUAAAUUGUAAUUUCUAGAAAGCAUGAGAACUUCAUGGGCGGAUUCUGUGGCUAACUCUGCUUCUGAUAGUGUGGAGUCUGUUAAUUCUGGUAACAAUGGCCAGCCACGUCCAACCCGUGCCACUUAUAUUCCACCACACCUCCGUAACCGGGCACCUUCUAAUGAUGUCCCUGCUUCCUCGUCUGCUGUUCAGUCAACAGCCAAUGUCAAUGUCAAUGUCAACGUCAAUGCCAAUGCCAAUGCAAAUGAUCGUGUAGGUUAUGGUGGACCUGCACCAGGUGGUUCCCGAUGGGGUGGAGGUUCUAGACCAGAUUUUGGCCGUCAAGGAUAUGGUUCUGGUGGUCGAACUGGUGGAGGUGGUGGUAGUGGUUGGAACAAUAAGAGUAGUGGGUGGGACCGUGUGAGAGAUCGUGAAGUUAAUCCUUUUGGCAAUGAUGAUGGUGAUGUGGAUGGCGCUCUUGGUGAACAAGAAAAUACUGGCAUUAAUUUUGAUGCUUAUGAGGAUAUUCCAGUGGAGACUAGUGGGGACAAUGUGCCAAUGCCUGUGAAUACCUUUGCAGAGAUAGACUUGGGUGAGGCAUUGAAUCAAAAUAUUCGAAGAUGUAAGUAUGUGAAGCCCACUCCAGUUCAGCGUCAUGCAAUCCCAAUAAUAAUUGGGGGACGGGAUUUGAUGGCUUGUGCUCAGACAGGGUCAGGGAAGACAGCUGCUUUCUGCUUUCCAAUUAUUAGUGGAAUUAUGCGGGAGCAGUAUGUACAGAGACCGCGUGGACCGAGGACCGUAUACCCACUUGCACUUAUUCUCUCCCCUACAAGGGAGCUCUCUUGUCAGAUACAUGAUGAAGCCAAAAAGUUUUCCUAUCAAACUGGUGUAAAAGUGGUAGUAGCUUAUGGUGGAGCGCCAAUCAACCAACAGUUACGAGAACUUGAAAGAGGAGUUGAUAUUCUUGUGGCAACUCCUGGACGAUUGGUGGAUUUGCUUGAGCGGGCUAGAGUGUCAUUGCAGAUGAUUAGAUAUUUGGCACUUGAUGAGGCAGAUAGGAUGUUGGAUAUGGGUUUUGAGCCUCAGAUUAGAAAGAUAGUGGAACAAAUGGACAUGCCUCCACCUGGGAGGAGGCAGACAAUGCUGUUCAGUGCCACUUUUCCAAAAGAAAUACAGAGACUCGCAUCUGAUUUCCUAUCUGGUUACAUCUUUUUGGCUGUUGGAAGAGUUGGUUCUAGUACUGAUUUAAUCAUCCAACGAGUUGAAUAUGUUCAUGAGACUGACAAGAGAAGUCAUCUCAUGGACCUUCUUCAUGCACAGAGAGAAACUGAAAUUAAUGGCAAGCAAUCUUUGACAUUAGUUUUUGUUGAGACAAAGAAAGGUGCCGACUCUUUGGAACAUUGGUUGUGUAUGAAUGGGUUUCCCGCUACAACAAUUCAUGGUGACAGGACACAACAGGAAAGAGAAAUGGCACUAAGAUCGUUCAAAAGUGGGAGGACACCAAUUUUAGUAGCAACGGAUGUGGCAGCACGUGGUCUUGACAUACCUCACGUGGCUCAUGUGGUCAAUUUUGAUCUUCCCAAUGAUAUUGACGAUUAUGUUCAUAGGAUAGGCCGGACAGGACGAGCCGGAAAGACUGGUCUAGCCACAGCUUUCUUCAAUGAGAACAAUUUGUCACUGGCAAGAUCCCUAGCCGAUUUAAUGCAAGAGGCAAAUCAAGAAGUACCUGCCUGGCUUACUCGCUUUGCUUCAAGGGUUUCAUACAAUGGUGGCAAGAAUCGACGGACUGGGGGCCGUUUUGGCAGCCGUGACUUUAGAAGGGAGGGAUCUUUUACUAGAGCAACAGAUUAUUAUGGUGGAGGAAAUAGCAGUGCAUAUGGGGUUCCGGCUGUUCCUAGUGGUUACAGUGCCGGAUAUGGUCCAGGUGUGGCCAGUGCUUGGGAUUAGUGACCCCACUAUAAUAUUGGACUCAAAAAACUCUUGUUUUUCUCAUGAGUAUAUAAUUUUUCUUCUCCAUUAGAAUCAAGGAUCAAAUUUUUGAUACUUCAUUAUUUUCUGUUUGUGUUUUCUUCUAAUUUGGUUCAAACUAUGGAAAGCUGUAUAUAUAGUUUUUCAAUGCUCUUGUCGGCUUAUCCAAUGUAUUGAAACCAACGGAGUAUAUGCCUUCUAGGUGUUAAUUAGCUAAAACUUAGCUAAACCAUAAAACAAAACAACCUACAUGGCCGUCGUGUAUAUAAUUCUCAAUGUAAAGCAUACCAAAGUUCGAUGUUA